AAAUAAUCAAUGCAGACGACACAGCAGAAGACAGUUCGCCUUUUGUCAGAAGAAAUAUUUAGAUCACGAGGAAGAAAACGGAGUUUUGUUCCUACAUUUUGUUUUAAAAGUCAGCAAAAAUUACGAACGGAAAGGUUUUUCCAGGCCCAGGCACUGCUCGCAGUGUCUGGCGCUUGCAAACAGCCACAAACAUGGUUGCGGACCACUCCUCAACAACCGUCAAUGAGGGGAAAGACAGCAACAUACUAUGUUGCUCAGAUGCAGCAGAGGUGCAUAUGACACACAACUGUAAAUCAGUAUUUGAUAUUGUCAGAACAGGCGAAGUAUGUGACCUCGAGGUUUUAGUCGAACAACAUGGCUCUGAAAUUCUCAGUGCUCGAGAUGAGUGGGGUUACACCCCUGCUCACUGGGCCGCCCUAGAUGGGAAUCUCCCAGUUAUGAGAUAUCUUGUAGAACGAGGUGCUCCCGUAGAUCUAUCUUGCCUUGGUACUCAGGGUCAAAGGCCAAUUCACUGGGCAUGCCGUAAAGGACAUGCUGCCAUUGUGCAAGUUCUUCUAAAGGCUGGUGUAGGAGUGAAUGCAGCAGACUUUAAAGGUCUCACCCCAUUGAUGACAGCAUGUGUAUUUGGAAGAGGAGCAACUGCUGCGUACCUCCUUGGGAUGGGUGCAUACCAUCACCUCACAGAUAUAAAUGGAGACUCAGCAUUACAUUGGUCUGCUUAUAAAGGGCAUCCUGAUUUGAUUCGCUUGCUGAUUUAUGCUGGUGUAGACUUGCAAAAAGCUGACAACUUUGGAUCUACACCGCUUCACCUUGCUUGUCUCUCUGGAAAUAUGAGUUGUGUCAAAAUCCUUUGUGAGAAGAGUAAAAUCGAGUUGGAACCACGUGACAAAAAUGGCAAGACACCCCUUAUGCUUGCAAAGAGCCACCAACACAAUGACAUUGUGCAGGUUUUGACAACUGAACGAAAUCGACGGGCAAGAUGGAUGCCACCAAUUACAGAAAUAUGGAGUUUGAUGUUUGGUGGUGCUGGAAAUUCAAAGGGACCACUUCUUUUCUUCUUAGGAUCAUUCCUUUUGUGGGAAUAUCCCAUGUACUUAUUUAGGUGUGUCCCCAUCACAUGGAAUUUAAUGAGAGGAUCACAUUACUGUUUCAUUUACUGGAAUUUGCUUAUGUGGCUUAGCUGGGUCAUUGCCAACCGCAGAGACCCAGGAUAUGUUCCACAAGACACAGAGGGAUAUAUUCGGGCCAUCAAACAGAUUCCAUAUUUUGACAAAUACAAGAAAAAGCCCAUCAUACUGUCUAGACUUUGCCAUUCCUGCAGAUGUAUCAGGCCUCUUCGAGCAAAGCACUGUAGAUACUGCAAUAGAUGUGUGCAGUACUUUGAUCAUCAUUGCCCAUUCAUUUAUAACUGUGUUGGCCUUCGAAACAGGAUGUGGUUCUUCUUAUUUGUCAUGAGCAUUGCAAUAAACUGUUCUUUGACAGUUUAUUUUGCUUGCUAUUGCAUAGCAAUUGAAGGUUUCCAGCUCCUAUAUGUACUUGGUCUGCUAGAAUCCCUACUCUUUUGUUGUCUAGGAUGGAUUUUAACAUGCACAUCAGUUCUGCAUGCUUGCUUCAAUCUCACAACUAAUGAAAUGUUCAACUACAAAAGAUAUCCAUAUCUCAGAGACAAAAAAGGCAAGUUCCAAAACCCAUUCAGUAGGGGGCCCGUCUACAAUCUGCUAGAGUUCUUUGUUUGUACCCCGGACCUGAGAUCAGGGGAUCAUGAGCUUCUUGAAGAAGAAUCAGGACCUUAACUCAUAUAUGCACUGAGUAAUCAAUGCAAUUCUUUUUUAUGGCUUUGGAAAGCUUCUCAAGGGGCAUUAAGGGCUAUGAUUGAACUAAAUUUUCUUCAAAUCAAAUCUGAAUGAGCGAUCAUUUGAAUGAACCAUCAUGGCUAGCUUGAUUUCUAAGAAAUUCAUGCAUUCUCAUCUUUCAUACACAUUAUUGUAACUUUUUAAUGGUAAAAAAUAAA